UGAAAAAGGACCUAAGUACCUACCUACAUACCUACUUCAACAAAUUUUUUAUUCCUUUUUGCCGGGACAGGUUUUUAUUUCAUGGUAUAGGUUCAUCAAAGAUAUAAAUUGAAUAAAUAAAUAAGAAAUAUGUCUUUCGUUUUGCUAAGUUCAAUUGUUCUUGCAUUCUACACGGUUAUAUGGUUUUUUGAUUCAUUUUUCAAAAGUUGUAUGCACUAUCCAUAUUAUGCAUUUUUAGAAGGAACGGGUUUAAAAUUUGGAAUACUGAACUUUUCUUGGACGACAACUGCUUUUAACAGAUGCCUUUAUAGAUGGAGUAAGAAUUUGUCUCGAAUACUCAGAAAAUGGUUCACGUGCGGUUACAUUCUUGUAAUCUGGAUAUUCUUGCCUUUCGCUAUAUGGACUUUGCUCUCAUUUAUUUUUGAGCAUUUUUAUGAUACAAUACAGCUCAAUAAUGUACCAGAAGUCAAAGCAAUGCUCCCUGGUAUAAAUAUCCCGACAUCAGACUUUUGGAUUUAUUUUCUAGCUAUAGCAUUGAGCACUAUAUUCCAUGAACUAGGACAUGCUCUUGCAGCUGCUCAAGAGGAUGUUCAAAUAAUAGCAGUAGGAGUUUAUGUAUUUACUAUUAUACCAGUUGCAUUUGUAGACUUGAAUACUGAUCAAUUAAAGAAUCUUGCUGUCACCAAAAGAUUGAGGAUUUACUGUGCUGGAGUGUGGCAUAAUAUUGCAAUUGCAUUUAUGGCUAUCUUAUUAUUUUUCUCUGCUCCGAUACUGUUUAAUAUUGCAUAUGAAACGGGAACGGGUGUAAGAGUCACUGACCUUACAGAAGACUCACCAUUAAAGGACAGCAUAGGCUUGCACAAAGAUGAUGUAAUAACAUCAAUAAACAACUGUAAGAUCAAAGUUGCAAGUGAUUGGAUGCAAUGUUUGCAAUUAGCACAUCAGAGGUAUGGAAUUUGUACAAGUGCUGAAUUUGUUGCCCAAAAUGAUGAGAUCAUGAUGGAGAACAUAAAAGAGAAUGAUGUGGUAGAAUGUUGUAGACCAGAAGAAGCAUAUAAUCAUUGUUUUGAGUAUAUGGAGCCUAAAGUAGCAUCUGAUUCAGUUUUACCCGGACAAUACUCAUGCCUCAAACCCAGAGAUAUGGUGAAGAAUCAGUUUGUAAAAUGUACAGAAUCUGGAGGAUACUCUUGCCCAAGAGCCAUGCAUUGUAUGAGACCUUCACUAAAUAAUGUAUCCUACCUCCUAAUAAUUGAACGAAAGGAGAACAAUCCAGUUCUGUAUUUAGGGUUGCCGUAUGAUUUACACAAAACUGUAUUUGUCGACCAGUAUUUCCCCAGACUGAAAGUAUUUUCAUUUUUUUCCCCUUCUCGGUUUGAGAAGCUCCUUAGAUACAUAUUCAUAUUUUCUAUGGGUAUCGCAUUUUUGAACGUCUUACCAUGUUACAGUAUGGAUGGACACCAUAUAGCUCGUAACUUGAUACAAAUUUUAGCUAAAUAUUUAAAUAAAAAUGGUGAUUUUGUAACAUUCUUUACAGUAUUCACUGUAGUUAUAGGCACAGGUGUGACUGGGCCCAUUUUAAUAUAUUUGUUCUACAAAGCUGUAUAUGAAGAUAAUUAGCCUUAAGCCAUAAUGUAUUGUGAACUAAAUUACAUUAUAUGGUCAUACUUUUUAACCUUACUAUCACUCAAUGUUCUGUGAAAGAGCUUUACAGAGAAACGUGUAAGACUUUGAUGGCCAGGUGAAUUUUUAAAUUAGAUAUAAUCUGUACUGAUAUAUAUCUCUAUUAUAUCUGUAUAAUCUGAACUGUACACUCUGAUGUCAUACGACAACAAAACUGGCUAUGGCGUUGGUUAUCUCCGACAUGAGUUAUUGUGUCAGAGACAACCGUUUCAUUAAGUAUUUUUAAAGUACAGUAAGAUUUGUAUUUUGAGUUACACAUAUAAUAGCAGAUGCACAGGAUGACAUAUUUUGUGUGACUCAAAAAACCUGCCUUUGAUUGUGUUCACAUUGACUACUAAUACUGUUUCAUGAAACAACUAAAUUAAUGACAACCUCCUCCAGGCAUGUUGACAAUUGUGUCAUUACUGCACCCUCUUUAAACCAGAAUAAAUUACUGCUCUGCAGCAAAAAUAGGCAGGGCAGUGGUACCUUCUCAUGUAGUCUUACAAGACGGCAUCUUGUAAUAUAAAUUAUGCAUAUUAUAAUCUUUGUGGAUUUAACUAUAUUUAAUUGAAGUUAUUCCUUUACUGAAUUCAUUGAGAAAUGAAGGUGUGUUAACUAUGUGUGUACUAGUAAAAUUAGUACUUGUGAGAUUUGAGAC